UUUCUCUUUUCAGUUAAUGAUGUUCACCUUUCCAUGGCAAAACAGUUUCAUCUUAUUUAAUACUCAUUCCAUCUAUAUUCAAAUUUCUUCAAUGGUCCCCCAAAUACAUUUUAUAGGUAGUCUGCUUAAACCAAGAUCCAAUCCACACUGUUAUGUCCCUUAAUUUCUUUGCAUAAAGCAGUCGAUUUUUUUUUUCAUGAAAAUAAACUGUUGAAGUGAUAGGCCAUUUAUACAGCUGAAUGUUUCACUUAGAUUUGUUUGCUUACUUCCUAUGGUAACAUUUUGUUUUUUCAUCUGUCUGCUGUAUUUCUUAUAGAUUGUAUGUUAGAUGCAAAGGCUUGAUAAUUCACAUUAAAUAUUUUUGCCUGGAAUAUACUAUAGAUAGUAGCAUAUACUUCAAGGGACACAGUAUCAGAUUAAUCCAUAGGGUGGCUUUUUAAAAAUGUAAAUUGCUUAGUGUCAUUUAAAAGAAUGUAAAUCGUAAUGUAAAUUGUCGGUCAUUUAUAGGUGCCUUUGCACUUAUUAUAUAAUACCGAACGAAUUCUUUAAAUUGGACUACAAGUUUCUGAAUGAUUUGAUGGAUACUCCCCCAUUUUAUAUUUUCUUUCAUUUCUACUUUUUAAGUUCUUGUCACAUAUUUUUUCCCCCCUAUGCACUGAUCACGGGAAGUGCUUACCUCUUGGGGCCUUUGCAAGUUAUCUAUAGGUCUAGGGGCUCUGCCUUGACUUCCUACUCCUGUUCACUUUUCUGUUCUAAUGUCAAGUAUCUUCUCAGAUUGCAGCUGCCAUUUUAAGUUGAGCUUCUCAGAGAAAGCCUACUCUAAUUAUCUUGUUUAAAUUAGGUUCCUCUAAGAGACCUUAACAUGCUAAAUCCCAAGCACCCCGUUUUUUCUGCUUAUGAUGCUGUUUUUGUUUACCUUGGGUUUAUGUCCUUACCUGACUGUGGGGCACAAUGGCAGAGUCAUUGCCUACUAGGUUCAGUGCACUCUGUACACAGAAGCCCGUCAACAAUAGCUGAAUUAACUUUCAUAAGUCACGAUAACCCUAGGGCUGUCAGGUCUUGGGGAGGUAGGCGCAGACUCUCAUAGGUGGCAAUAACAGGGUACUUCACCGGGGGUUGUUAAAGUGAAGGAACAGUUAUCCUUACAUGAAAUACUUAGUCUACGUAGUCCACACACCGGGGCACUAAGAGGGGAGGACAGAAUUCCAGAUACCGAUAAAGCCAGGAUCUUACAGCACAGCGUAGGGGUAGUUGGGCUCAGGUAAGCGGCGUCGCAGCGACACCUUCACGUGACCGCAGACCUCGCAAGGGCCCCGCGCGGAGUGCGCCUGCGCGAGAGCUCCCGGAAGUGGCCGGACCCGAAGCUCAGGCCGAGCUCACGUCCGUCAGCCCGUCAGUCCGCCGGUCCGCCAGCUCUGUACCUCGAGCGCCUCGGGCCUCUAGCUGUCCCGCCGUCUGUUUGACCCGAACGGCGGCCGAGGCGCUCAUCAUGGCGACAUUUAUCUCGGUGCAGCUGAAGAAAACCUCGGAGGUGGACCUGGCCAAGCCGCUAGUGAAGUUCAUCCAGCAGACGUACCCGAGCGGCGGGGAAGAGCAGGCCCAGUACUGCCGCGCGGCCGAGGAGCUGAGCAAGCUGCGCCGCGCCGCGGUCGGUCGCCCGCUGGACAAACACGAGAGCGCGCUCGAGACACUCCUGAGAUAUUAUGAUCAGAUUUGUUCCAUUGAACCCAAAUUCCCAUUUUCUGAAAAUCAGAUCUGCUUAACAUUUACGUGGAAGGAUGCUUUUGAUAAAGGUUCGCUUUUUGGAGGAUCUGUAAAAUUGGCUCUUGCAAGUUUAGGAUAUGAAAAGAGCUGUGUGUUGUUCAAUUGUGCAGCCUUAGCUAGCCAGAUUGCAGCAGAGCAGAACCUGGAUAAUGAUGAAGGAUUGAAAAUCGCUGCUAAGCAUUACCAGUUUGCUAGUGGUGCCUUUUUACAUAUUAAAGAGACGGUUUUAUCUGCUGUAAAUAGAGAGCCGACUGUGGACAUAUCUCCUGAUACCGUUGGAACCCUCAGUCUUAUUAUGCUGGCACAGGCCCAGGAAGUAUUUUUUUUAAAAGCUACAAGAGAUAAAAUGAAAGAUGCCAUUAUAGCUAAAUUGGCUAAUCAGGCUGCAGAUUAUUUUGGUGAUGCUUUCAAACAGUGUCAGUACAAAGACACUCUCCCCAAGUAUUUUUAUUUCCAGGAGGUGUUCCCUGUCUUGGCUGCAAAGCACUGUAUCAUGCAGGCCAAUGCUGAGUACCAUCAGUCUAUCCUGGCAAAGCAGCAGAAGAAAUUUGGAGAAGAAAUUGCAAGGUUACAGCAUGCAGCAGAAUUGAUUAAAACAGUGGCAUCUCGCUAUGAUGAAUAUGUCAAUGUGAAGGAUUUUUCUGACAAAAUCAACCGUGCCCUUACUGCAGCAAAGAAAGAUAAUGACUUCAUAUAUCAUGAUCGAGUUCCAGACCUUAAAGAUCUAGAACCUAUUGGCAAAGCCUCACUUGUGAAAUCCACCCCAGUCAAUGUUCCCAUCAGUCAGAAAUUUACUGAUCUAUUUGAGAAGAUGGUUCCUGUGUCAGUGCAGCAAUCUUUGGCUGCCUAUAAUCAGAGGAAAGCAGAUUUGGUUAACAGAUCAAUUGCUCAAAUGAGAGAAGCCACUACUCUGGCAAAUGGGGUAUUAGCUUCUCUUAAUCUCCCAGCAGCAAUUGAAGAUGUGUCUGGAGAUACUGUACCUCAGUCCAUAUUGACUAAGUCCACCUCUGUGAUUGAACAGGGAGGCAUCCAGACUGUUGAUCAGUUGAUCAAAGAACUACCUGAACUAUUGCAGCGAAAUAGAGAAAUCCUAGAUGAGUCAUUAAGAUUGUUGGAUGAAGAAGAAGCAACUGACAAUGAUUUAAGAGCAAAAUUCAAGGAACGAUGGCAAAGGACACCAUCCAUUGACCUCUAUAAGCCUUUAAGAGCAGAGGGAACCAACUUCAGAGCAGUUUUAGAUAAAGCUGUGCAAGCAGAUGGACAAGUGAAAGAACGUUAUCAGUCUCAUCGUGACACCAUUGCACUUCUGUGUAAGCCAGAGCCUGAGCUGAAUGCUGCCAUUCCUUCUGCUAACCCAGCAAAGACAAUGCAGGGCAGUGAGGUUGUAAAUGUCUUAAAAUCAUUGUUGACCAAUCUUGAUGAAGUAAAGAAGGAAAGAGAAGGUCUGGAGAAUGACCUGAAAUCAGUGAAUUUUGACAUGACAAGCAAGUUUUUGACAGCUCUGGCUCAAGAUGGUGUGAUAAAUGAAGAAGCUCUUUCUGUUACUGAACUGGAUCGAGUCUAUGGAGGUCUUACAGCUAAAGUCCAAGAGUCUCUAAAGAAACAGGAGGGACUUCUUAAAAGUAUUCAGGUUUCACACCAGGAAUUUUCGAAAAUGAAACAAUCUAACAAUGAAGCUAACUUAAGAGAAGAAGUUUUGAAGAAUUUAGCUACUGCAUAUGACAACUUUGUUGAACUUGUAGCUAAUUUGAAGGAGGGCACAAAGUUUUACAAUGAGUUGACUGAAAUCCUGGUCAGGUUCCAGAACAAAUGCAGUGAUAUAGUGUUUGCACGGAAGACAGAAAGAGACGAACUUUUAAAGGACUUGCAACAGAGCAUUGCCAGAGAACCUAGUGCUCCUUCAAUUCCUACACCUGCCUAUCAGUCCUCUCCAGCAGGAGGACAUGCACCGACUCCUCCAACUCCGGCGCCAAGAACCAUGCCGCCUACUAAGCCCCAGCCCCCAGCCCGGCCUCCACCUCCUGUGCUUCCAGCAAAUCGAGCUCCGUCUGCUGCUGCUUCCGCUCCAGCUGGGGCUGGGACCUCUGCACCGGCUCCAUCACAGACCCCGGGCUCAGCUCCCCUUCCACAGGCCCAGGGACCACCCUAUCCCACCUAUCCAGGCUAUCCUGGGUAUUGCCAAAUGCCCAUGCCCAUGGGCUAUAAUCCUUACGCCUAUGGCCAAUAUAACAUGCCGUAUCCACCGGUGUAUCACCAGAGCCCUGGACAGGCUCCGUACCCAGGACCCCAGCAGCCUUCAUAUCCUUUCCCUCAGCCCCCACAGCAGUCCUACUAUCCACAGCAGUAAAAUGUCUGCUCAGGAGCUCAGCUGGUUUAGAUCAGAAGGAAAGAAAUACCAACCCUGCAAUAAGUGUACUAAACUCUACGCUCUGGUUAAUGUAACGUACUCUACUGUACUGAAUGCAGUGUGUGAUUUCUGUCUCGGCUAAAAGCAAAAAGCUGUGCCUCAGUUGCACAUUUGAUUAUACACGUGAGAUUUGCUGCUAUUGCAGUGGGGUAUAAUAGGAUUUGAAAUAAAUUACAUUACAUUUCAUAAAAAGUGAAAAUGAGAAAUUAAACCUGCAAGUGAAACAUUUAAAACUAUUAUAUUUUCUACAUAAGACACGAUUGGGACAUCAGAUACUUAACAAAGAUGGAUUUAAGUAUGGAUAUUCAAGAACACUAAGCUUUCUUUCUCUUUUAGUUUCUUGAUUUGGUUUAAUUUCCAUUAUGCUAUUUUGCAUAAUCAAGACAUUGUAAAUCUUAUAAUUUAAAAAUAAAUUACUUAAGAACA